UUAAUGUUUAAACAGUUAUUGGGAAUAUGAAUCCAAUAUUUCAUGUUAUUUUUAAAAUAAACCUUUACUUGUAGCACUAUUAAGUUAUUGAAACAUACAUUUUUAUUAUGAGCAUUUCUCGAAAGUAGAACGCAGUUGUAGACUAUUGACUUCACUUUUGACAUGACAGAUUUUUGACAUAAUGUGGUUGACAGCUGAUUUCUCUGUUUAUUUCGCUCAUGUUUCUAUUGUAUUUUUCUCAUAAAACAUGAAUAUUAUUAAAAUGGUCACUUAGAUUAGGAUUACUGGUGAUCGCACAACAAUGUCGUCUCAACGAUUUAUCGUGAACAUGGAGGCAGGGGCGCAGGCACACACAAGUGACGCCAAACCAGCAGUGAAGGACAAAUUGAUGUCGUAUGAAGAGAAAUCUGUGGGGUCUACGGCCUUCUUUAAGUGCGAGGCGUGCCCGUACAUGGCGCUAGCUGAGGAUGACAUAAAGUUCCACUUGUUCACUGCGCACCCAGACCUGGCGAAGAGCAACGGCCUCGCGGACAACAUACAAAUCAACUGCCCAGGUUGCACGAGCGUUUUCGACGCAGAAGAGACUUUACGGAACCAUCUGCGCAAUCAUCACAAAAUGGGGAUCAAAGACGUCAAGAAAAUGGUCAAAAGCCUCGUUCAGCUGGCUCUAAAAAACGCCAAAUUAAAGAAAGAAGACAACACAAGCCAGUCUGCGCCUCAGGAAGCUGACGUUAAAAUACCGCAGGUUAUCGAAAUCGUCCCAGAUAUUGUGAAUGCUAACAAUGAUUCUUUACCUCAAGGUGUUGCUUUCAUAUCAGUGGAUGAAUUGCAGAAGAUGAGCACACCGAACUUUGAAAAGGUUGAUCCUAAGGAGAUCAUUCAGGAAGCUAGCAUAAACAUUGUGUACACAAAUCCAAUUUCAACUCAGUAUGUCAAUGUGACUAACGCUGUGACACCCGUGACAGCUUGUAAUGUCUUGCAAGUGUCCAGCGUACCUCCAGACCUGAUUUCAUCCAUUCAGCCGAGGAUACCUGCCGAUAGUAACAUGAAUCCAUCUAUAGACAGCAUGGAAUCAGUGAACAGGCUUGGUAGACCAGCAAAAUACAAACCCCUAAAUACUACUGAUAAAAAAGAGGAGAAAAAAGAGCUAGAAACUAUACUUGAGUGUGAAACACAGUUAUGUUCAGUGAAUAAUUGUCGGUUUCGUUUAAAGAGUGACGAAAAACUAGCGUAUCAUAGAAAAUGUCAUUACAAAACUAUAUUCAAAUGUCCUGAGUGUGCCAUUGUGUUUGUAGAGGUGGAAGCCAUACAUACGCAUCUCUGGAAGACUCAUGAGAUAGAUAUGGAGAUGCCGACAUGUGAGAUCUGUGGGUUUAAAACAUACAAGCGAGGGAGGUACAACCAGCAUAUGAAGUGCCAUGGCAGUGUGAAAGCUUAUGCAUGCACAAUCUGCACGAAAACCUUCAAGAACGCCAACCAGCUCUCUAAGCACCGGAUGUUCCACAAAGAAGCCAUAGUGCACCAGUGCUCACUCUGCCCGAAGCGCUACUCAACCAAGCGGAGGCUGAACCUCCACAUCUCAACGGUGCACGAGAAGCUGAAGCCGUUCAAGUGCUGCCACUGUGAUUAUACUUCGUCGAGGAAAGAUGAGAUGAAGCUGCAUUUGAGGUCACAUACGGGUGACAAGCCCUACUCUUGCGACCAGUGCAGCUACCGCGCAGCCGACCACAACGCCAUGCGGCGACACAAGAAGCUACACACCAAGGAGGCCCUUUACAAGUGCAAGCACUGCCCCUUCAGCUGCAUCCAGUCCAACUACUUCGCCAGUCACAUGAUCUCCAAGCACCCCAACGUCCCCUCCACCGACGUCCAUCGCUGCCCUUACUGCACCUUCAAAACAGUCAACAAAGAUAAGUACCAAUCACAUCUCACCACCCACCCGGACAAAGAAGGAGUACAACUGCUCAUAGAAAUGACCAAGUCCAAAAAACUUUGGACUGUACCGAGCGAAACAACAGACAAAGUUGAAGAAACGACCCAAGUCAAUGAAGAAAGUAAGGAACAGAGCCCGAAACCAGUUAAUGAUAUCCCUAUUGAAGUAUACGAUUGUGAUAGUCUGUCUGAAACAUUAUCGCAGAACUAUCCCAAAAAUUAUGCAAAUUCUUCUAAUGAAAAACAACAGGGUAACUUCGAUCCGCAAGUCAUUGUUACUGAUCUUAGUAAAGAUGAUAAUAACUCCGACUGUCUCAUUUCGGAAAGUUCAAAUGAUACUUUAAUGGAUAGGCAAUAUACUACACAACAUACUCUGCAGAAUUUAACCUAUGAUGCUACUCAGGGGAACCUACACUAUUUGAAUACUUCAGUUCCAAUGGAGCAGACUUUAUGCCCAAACAGUACUGUGAACUCUUUAGUGUCUAACCAUUCAGUAAUAAGCAAUAUGAGUAACAAUAUCAUGGCUAAUUUCCCUAUCAGACUCCCACCCGCACAACUAUCCAUGCAAAACAUAACUCUCAACCCUGUACACAAGAUAUCCCUCCCAAUGACUAAAGUUAUCGGCCCUAUUAUAAAACCUACACAGAUCCUACCAGUACCCUCAUCUAGUAAUUCUCCAGUAAAUUUAAUAGAACCAGAUGGAUUGCCCAGGAAAAAACCUAAAAUAUCUGUGAAAAGUAACCUAAUUUUAAAAGGUCCUGAUCAAGAAAAUAUGUUCCAUUCUCAGCAAAAGAUGGCGUUUAAAAGAUUAGAAGAUAAUGAAAGAUUUGGAUUAGGAGCAGUCACUUUUAACAACCUAAUAACUACUCAGUUUAUGCAAUUACAACCAGAGCCCGAGCUUAGCGAAUCCCCUAGCAACAUCAUCCCGUACCCUCAAGAAACCAUGCUCCAUGACGCAUCCACACCGCCUGUGGACAACGUGGACAACUCCCAAAUGUUCACAUUCAACAACCAAAUGAACGUCAACUCAAUCAUUCUUCCACCGCCUCAAAAAAUACAAAACAACGACCCCAGUUACAUCAAAAUAGAAGCUACAAUCAAACAGAACACGCAAUCACCGAGUUUAGAACGCAUGUGUAACGCUAACAUAAUGACCAACCAGACUCUAAGCAGGGAGUAUAAAGCGUCACCGCCUCUAGAAGAUAUCCACAAGAACUUUAAAGAGAUUAAAAAUGAAGUAAAAAGCGACGCGUUUUAUAACAUGGCUAUAAACAAUACCACAACUAAUCCUUCUAUAAUAGACCAAUAUUUAAUUGAUAAUAUUAUAGGAGAACAAUAUUCAGGACAUUUAGAUCUUUCAGCUGGUGCUUUAGAUGUGUCCGACCCUCAGAACGAUGUCAUCGAAAUAGAUGAUAAUUCUGAUGACAACAAACUACUAUCUAGAUAUGACAUGAACUUUCCUUUAGAAUCUCUAUAUUUAAUGCAUAAUGAUUUCCAUUUUCUAGAAAACGACGUACCUAGUGUGCCUAAUGAAGUAAAUGAUAUAAACAGAGUAGUGACAGAGGUCCCUAUAAUCAAUCAGAAGGAUUCCCAUACAAGCGAAGGUACUAGUAAUGAUUACCCUAAUUUUAUACAGGGCAAGAAAGAUCCUAUGAUGAAUACGUCGGUCAGGCAGUCUGUUAAUAAAAUUAAUGUGAAAAACAUUGAAUUGAUGAAGGAUAAAUGUAAGGAAUAUUGAUAUGAACCACCGAAAAUGAUUGUAUAAAAUGAGUCACAUAGAAGCAAAAUCAGUAAUGUCCUCUUUUUACUAAGGCACUGGUCCCACCGCGAGCUAGUAAAUAAAAGAGACGAGGCGAUUUUGAUAGCUCACCGCUAGGCGAGUAACUAUAAACAUCGCCUAAAGCACUGGUCUCACCAAAAUAA